AUGCAUUCGCGUCGACCCGAGGCCUUGAAGAUUGACAUCUCCAAGUAUAGGGGAGUCGAAGAAGACUCCCUCUUGAGAUGGUUCGUCGAAUUGGAUGACGCCAUAAGGGCGCGUCGCAUCGACGACGGGGAUAUGCAAGUUGCAUUUGCCCAGUCAAAUCUGGCAGGACGUGCCAAGACUUGGGCACUGAGGCUCAAGUUGCACGACCCAUAUGCGUUUGGGUCGUUAGAAGUCUUCAAGUCGCGGCUCAGACAAACGUUUGAACCGCCUAGAGCUGAGUUCAGAGCUCGAACCGAACUCUUGAAGCUCAAGCAGGGUAAGCGUGAUGUGCACGCUUACGCGCAACAUAUACGACAUCUCACGAGUUGUAUAAGUUCCAAUCCGGUGGAUGAACACACGUUGGUUUCGGUGUUCAUGCAGGGUCUUGCGGAUGGUCCCGUCAAGACUCACCUGUUCCGGAUUGAACUAGAUUCACUAGAACAAGCCAUUUCCAUUGCGGAACAGGAAGACUUCAGUCUGAGACAGGCUCGCGCCAGCUCGACAUCAUAUCGUCAACCGAGACGAUAUGACAACGGAGGUCCAGAGCCGAUGGAACUCUGCUAUGUAGAGAGCGAGAAGGCUCGCUCUACAGACUACAAGAAGUUGCAGAAAUGCAACAGAUGUCAGAAGACAGGACACUACGCUUAUGAGUGUAGUGGCCCUCGUCCAGUGUCUCGCAACACUGGGCGUAGUGACCGUCCACCCAUGAGAAAGGGGCAGGGACGCGGGUCCGCUGUUGGUGCAAAGACGCAACAACGGGAUGGACCGUCAAAAAACGGUCAGGAUCAGUAG